GCGUCGUCAAAGAAGUUCGGAGGUAACCUUCACGGUCGUAAAUGCGAUUUUGCGCACCCGAAGGAAGAGCGCAAUCGGCGAAAGGUGGUGGGUGAUAAGCGAAGACGACGACGACGACGACGCUCGACGAGGCUCGAUCGAUCACACAUCGCGUGGCCGGAGGUGCGUGGUGGGGAUAGCUGCCCCGAUCGUGAUGCAAAUUUUGUAUGUGCCUUUUCUUGUCUGUUUCGCGCACGGAACCACAGCACAAACAUGUGUACGAAGCGCGCAGCCUGUUCGUUUCUUGUGGGACUUUCGAAAAAAAAAAAACAAGGAAGGGAGAUAGAGAGAAAAAGCGCACAGGGAAACCACACGCACGGUGGGAACGAAACGUCCGGUGCGGGUGGCCAACAGAUUCCGAGCUGUGCUAGUUCAUAGGUUUAUGGUUCACAUUUCGCCUGCAAUCGGGCAGAAAAAUUGGUCCACCUGGGUUAUAAACCUUCUCUUGCCGGCGCGCGCGUGGAAAUCAGGUCAUCGGGUGGCACAAAGCAGGCAAAGCAGGUUAGGAACUUCUUGCUCAGCGGGCGCAAAAGCAGAAGCUCACACUAGUGUAAUCUGAUCGAUCGCACGAUUGCCGUAAAGCUUUACGUUGCGCGCAGAGAUCUUUGCCACUCAAAGUUGAAGAUUGACCUUCAGCGAUCAUGCGAUCUGUCUGGUGGAGCGAUUGGGCGUGAUAAGCGUUUUUCAAAUAUUUUAAAACAUUUGCAACAUUGUACGGCAAUCCGUCUGGUCUGGAAUUGUAAUCUGAUUGCGGAAUUUAAUCUAUUCAUUCUAAAUCACGAGCCUAGACCUACAACAGACAUGAUGAUGAUCAGCAUUCUUGAUUGGAGCGAAAAUAAUCAAUCAAUACUAGAGAAUUUCUCCAAAAACAUAACCUUAGAUUGACCUCUUAACGGACAUCUCGCUUUUGUCCAUCUUGAAACACCUUCCCAAACCCACUGUGCGCCUUGGGACUCUCCCCCGCCCCACGGGGACAGUGUCUGAAGACGGUGCGAAAAAUUAUGUCCCCACCGUUUCUGCACCACCCGAGCCCAAGGCCCCACAAGGGUGGAGUUGUUUGCUGUUGACAUGAGCGUUGAUCGGCUUCAAUUCACUCCUCCCCUUUUGGGGCGUUCUUCAGUCCCCUUGUGCCACUCCUGCGGUGACUUCUCCUUUUGUUGCGUUACAACUCCCCCCCCCCCCGCGCUGCGAAUGCGAAACGGAUGUAGAAAGUCCCACCGUAACGCGUCAUAGCAGGCACCCAAAAAGCAGUGUGUGAGGAGUUUUAAAAUAACAGCACACACAGACACACGGGGGCUGAGGAGGAGUCCUCCCCACUCCAUGGCUGGACGUUGAAGAGCACCGAUCCGCUGCAGCCCGAGCAAUUUGGUUUGGGUACGGAAUGGCUCUCUUUCGCAUGGUUUGACCGUGGCAGACACAUUGUGUAAACGACCGCAGAAGCGUGCGGAUCGCGAUCGAUACCUCGUCCCCGCGCGCGUGUGUGUGUGUAUGUAAAGUGACCACACAAAACGUGUCACCGUGACGAUCAAAAAGGGAUAGAUCAGUUCCCAUCCCUUCAUCAUCCCGCGGCGGUUUGUUUGUUCCGGCCUACGGUUUGGUGUCAUGCCGGCGUACCGCGAUCGCGAUCGGGCUGUGUCUGUUAGAUAAUGCCAUUUACCCGCCGGGCGCCGAUCGGAUCGGAGUAGAGGUGGUGGAAGUUCGGUUGAAAGUGAAAUUAAUAAACAACAGAACAGCUAUUCAAAGCGGAAACCGCAAAACGUGACGCAACUUACGCACGCGACGUGCUGGUGAGUGAGUGAUCGCGGCAACAAGAAGGUAACGUUCGCACUUCGGAGUUUGUGUGUGGUGAUCGUGUGUGCGUGUGGUCGAUCUGCAACGAAAGAUUUGAAAAACAAAGAAGAAAAGACCACCGGUUGAGUGUUUGUCACUGUUUGCGUGCAUUUCGUGCGAAAAAUCAUUCACCGCGGGAGUGGUGGGAUGCGCCGGUACACGCAUCUGCUGUCGGCGGUGGUGCUGCUGGUCGUCGGGCUGGCCGUUGCCGCCAGCGGCAUCUAUGUCGUCGAGAGCGGGGGCAAGAAAUCGUUCCUGCAGCUCGGCGCCCACCACUGGACGGACGGGGCGGACGACGAUGGGCUGUGGUCGAGCCUGCUGGAGGAGUACACCGUCGGCCUGAACCAGAGUGGCACCACCAGCGCACCGAGGGAAAGUCGCGUAAUGCAGGCGACCGUCGUAGCAGCGGCAGGACCGGCGCCAAAGUACAUACCCACCUCCAGCUUUUACAUCAACAAGCGCAUCGGCGAGGCGCUCGAGCUCGACCCGCAGCACCACGCCGCCCACUCGCCGCACCGGCCCCGACCGCCGGUAGGGAAAGUGAUCGCCAGCACUGGGGCCGGCGGCCUGUACGGCGACAACCAGCUGGCGGCCGGUGCCGGCCACGGUGCAACGUUUACGCCGAUGCGCCAAACGUUCGGUGGCGCCAGCCCGACCGAGCUGCUGGCCUCGCCGCGGGAGGUGUCCGAGACGGACCUGUACCUGCUCGGUGCGAUCGAGAAGCUGGUGUACCGGGUGGACUACAUGGAGAACCGAUUGCGGCGCGCCGAACAGAUCAUCUACUUCCUGAUGGCGGGCAACAGCCAGAAGCAGGAACCGUGUCCGCAGAACUUUACGCAGGUGCACGAUCGCUGCUAUCACUUCGAUAUCGAGCGUGGGCUGAACUGGAAGUCGGCCAGCACGAUGUGCAAAUCGUACGGGGCGCAUCUGGCGGAGUUUGAAACGGUGGCCGAGUUCCAGGAUGUGGUUGCGUACAUACUGAACAAUCCGGUCAAUCGCGGGAAGGACUUUUGGCUCGGUGGACUCAACCCGGGCCUGCUGUGGAUUUGGGCCAACUCGGCCAAACCGGUUAAUCCGAACACUAACCUUAGCUCGAUUACGAGCUCCAGCUCCAACAAACCGGGCUCGAAGGGAACGGCCUCCAUCAAGCCGACCAAUCUGGCCAACAACGGUACGGAAGUCCCGUCCGGAGGCACCAAGAUUGUGAACAAUCCGUCGGCGAGCAAGCAGCCGAUGCUGGAGAUUACUGGCAGUGGACGGUGCCUGCGGUUGAGCUACAACUCCGCACUGUACACGUACGGGUAUCGUGGGGAGGACUGCUCGGCACAGUUUAGCUACGUGUGCGAACUGAAGGACAAGUCGUUGGACAAUGAAAUCUCCCGGAUAGCGAAGCAGCUCAAGCUAGCGGAUGAUGUUUCGUAGGGCUAUAAGGGUGAGAGAGCUGCGAUGUGGGAUGGUCGUUAUUUAUUGAAGCCAGCAGGAACGUUAUUUUUAUUACAUUGUGAUGAAGAUUAUGGUGGGGAAGAUGAGCGUUUUUGUUACUUAUUUAAUGAAUUUAAGGUACCAUAGUAAGUGAUAUAGAAGUAAAUAAAGUCCCUAUUUAUAAAAUGAA